GCCGUGGACUCUCACUGCAGUUGCUGGCGAGAGGUACAGCUGUGCAGCUGAAGCAUGUGCGCGGAGCCAGCUGAGCGGAAGCCGGAAGAUGGUGAAUCGGGCACGGGGCGGUUUGGCGCCACCGUCGCUGCCACUGCCUUUGUGUUGGCGUGGUUCUGGCUCUCCGUGGCAGUGGAGGAGAGGGGGAAGACCUCGUCUUCCCUGCUCGGGAGGUGGCAAGGACAAAGAGAAGAGCAGCAGACGGGCAGCUACUACUCGGCCGCAGUCGGCGCCGCUCUCGCACUGCUGCUGCAGCGGCUCUGGCGGUUGAUCAGCAAGUGGGCGGGUCGCUCCUGCGAGUCAGCCAACACGCCACCUGCUGCCGUACGCCAGAAGACGCUGGCAGCGGACCUGGGCGCGCUCCUUCAGUCUGGACAUUCUGCUGACGUCACCAUAACGGUGGGGGACAGCACGCUGAGGGCGCACAGGGCUAUCCUGGUGGCCAGGAGUCCCGUGUUCGCGGCCAUGAUGGCCCACGACUGCCUGGAAUCCAGCAGUGGCCACAUUUCCAUCACCGACAUCGAGCCGGAGGUGCUGAGCCAGCUGCUGGUGUUCUUGUACACGGACGAGGCUCAGUUGGAGCCCCGACUGGUCCUGAAACUCCUAGUAGCCGCCGACAAGUACCAGGUGCACACUUUGAAGGAACAGUGCGAGUACGUAGUCUCCCGGAGCCUGCGCGUGGAGAAUGCGGUGGCGUGUGCGGUGCUCGCCGUACAGCACUCGUGCUCGUGUCUCACGGAAUCCUCUGCGCGCUUCAUUGCGGCCCACCUCAAGCAGGUGAUGGCCAGCGAGGGGUGGGCCACGGCUGUGCGGAGGCACCCGGAGCGCAUGGUGGAGGUCAGCCGCCUGGUUGCCGCAGUUUCCUCAGAUACCAGGUCUGAAGAUCACCACAGGCGAGGUCGAACCCGGUUACCAGAAUAAUGGACUAUCAACUGGAAACUCUGCAGGUGACUUCAAGUGAAGGAUCAUGGUUCUCGCCUGGUGUGGAGCAGUGACGAUCAAAGGAGCCAUUGUCAUCACCGAUGACCAUGAGGUUCCCAACAACAGUGUGACUUGCAUUUGGACAAUCAGCCUCCUGACCUGUCUAAUGUGGCUCACCAUUUCUUCACCACUGUAUUCAAGCUCUCCAUGUCAGAGUAGCAUCUUCACUGUUGACUCUGUGAUAAUUUUUUCUUGUCAUUCAUUAUGUACAUAACAUUAUACAGUGCAAAAUGA